GUGGCACAUGCCGCUGCAUAGACUCAUUCGCUGCUGAAAUCUUUUUUAUUUCUAAAUUAAAAUGUCUCACCACCACGAGGAAAAAUCCUACACGAAUUCGUUUAACUUUUCGAAAUCAGAAACAUAUAAAUCCGUCGUGACUACCGGUCCCCCUGGGGCUUGUAAUGUAACCAGCGCCCCACUAAUCAAGCAGGAAACAUGGAACUCGUCACCGUCUGCUGUCCCAGUGGUCGUUGCGCAACCGGAAAUAGCCAAGGAAAACAAGGGAGUCGAAUCGGCCCAAACUUUCAGCGAUACGGUUUGUGUGACCAGCACCACCGGAAUAUCCACAUCAAUGUCCACGCCAAUCAUUACAUUUUUCUUUAUUGCACUCUUGAUCAUUAUGGGUUUACUAACCGUGCUAAUUUUGUCCCUGACCGGGGUAUUCAACCCGGAACCAAAAUCUACACUUGCCCCGCAUUCGGGGACCGAACCAUUUACCACCACUAUACCUUUACCACUGACAAAUUCCACUACCUCAACCGUACCCAGAGUGAUAAGCAGUCCACCUCACGAGGAAAAUCCCACUGUAAACAUAACCUGCCUCCACGACCUCCACUCGAUCGGAAGUACAACAACCGUCGUAACGAUAACUUCUCUAUAUUCUAAGCAGGACAACUGGGACUGGAGUAAUGCCACUAAUUUGGGAAUACCAGGACCUAAAAUAAAUUUGCAAAUUUUGUCUAAAAGCUUGGAAGACGUCGUAAAUUUGAACAAGAUUUUAGAUUAUCUGCGAAAUCGCGUAGAAAAUGUGACCCUGAACGGAAGAGAUUUAAUGACUUGUCCAGAUUCACGGAAUAAACUGCUUUCUCCCAUCAUCCUUCCGGAAGUUAUUAAACUGGAGAUUUUUAACCUUACCCGCUGCUUGAUUAAUAAUGUUUUGAAAUAUUGGCAGGUACCAAAGGUUUUGGACAUAUUUGUUUAUUGUACAGAUAAGAAGGAAGAGUACGGGAGAAACUUAAUGAGGUUGUUUGACCCUGACCCCGAAGUGAAAAAACUAAAAAAUUUCCAUGUCAAUCCGAAAAAUUGUCAUGAAAUCCAUAUUUAAACUAUCGUAAAUCCUCUAUUUAUAGCCGGAUCUCAAGCCCAAGUUUGAAAAAUCUAAUAAGCUUACCUCAAAUUAUGACACUCCGUUAAUGUGUGUUCUUAAAUGCUUCAAGGUCUGAACAACCGAAAAAAAUUUUUGCCGGGUCUCAAAUAAUACCCGGUUAGUAAUUAUAGUCAGAUCUGUGCCGAGCUUAGACUCGGCUAUAAAUGGAGGAUUUACGGUGAAUCGAAAACUAAAAUUUAGCAGGAAAUUAGUGUAUGCUUUAAAGUUUACGAGUACAAGAAAUUUUUUAAGCUAAAUUGUGACCUCCGUAUCUUUUUUAUGUAUAAUUGAAGCAUUGUGUGAACACUAA